AUGCCCCCUCGAAGCUCGCUGACCGGCUCCUUCUCGGUCACCGACGCCAACAAUGAGGUGGUGUGUCCCUUGAAAAAUAAUGAUGGGUCCAAUUGUCGCAAGCGCUGUCUCGGGGAGAAACGUUAUCGCUCCAUGCAAGAACAUAUCCGACGUGCGCAUCCGAACCACUACAUCCCGAAGCUCCCGGCCACCGAAGAGAGCUUCCUCCUGAUGGUCAAUACCCCGCCGGAGCAACGGGCGCAUCUUUCUCCCCCCGAUCCUGUUCCCCGCCGUCGUGAUGCGGCGGAUAGAGACAUCUAUGUCGCCGAUGCCAGCUCCCCGGCCACCCCUCGAGCUCUGGAUGAACCCCACCCCGCCGCGGCCACGGCUGCUGUCGCACUCGCUCAAUUACACCACCAUCGACUAGCCUCCGACUGGGAAACCGAUACUGUCGCUCACACCCUUCAGGAUACACAUUCCGAUACCGAUCUUGCCAACGAUCGCAUGCGCUCGUCGAUUGAGUUGCCGUCACUGCGCGACCAUUUCAAACAAGAGUCUUUGCCUCCUUUUUCACCGCGACCGCGAGGACUACUUCCAUCGAUCCUCAACCACUCCCCACCCGGCCGCUCAUCCACGUUACCUCCCAUCCAGCGCAAAGAAAAGCUUCCUCGGUCGCGCAAAUCGUCAAUCACUCAAUCAGCCCGGAAGCCGAAACAUGAGCGCCAACGGUCCAAGGAACAUGCGCGACGGCCCAGCCUGGGCGACAGGAAAGCGUUGUCGGCUGAGCCGCAGACUGCCGCUUGGGCACAAGGAAAACGCUGGGAAGAUCUGAUUGAAGCUGCGACGUCAGCUACAGAAGCUGAUGAUGAUCGGUACUCAGAGGUGAGUUUGGAUAUUGGGGGAGCAAUACAAUCCUUAGCAAAGAAAUAUAGGCCGGUCGGUCCCCCACAAUUGCCCCGCUGCUCGCCAAUGCCAACGUCACCUCAGCACCUAAUUCAAAGAAUCGCUCUUCACUUCCUCCGGCCUUUCAGCCGGGCGGACUCCCUCCACUUGGCUCGCAUCGGGCCUUCCCACCCCAUUCUUAUGCUGCUUCACCAUUGCACAAAUCGCUUACCCCCCCCGCCAUUUGAAGGACCCCGUGGUCGCGAUAGUGAUUUAGAACCAUUCCCUUCCAUUGAAUCGUCAUUGGACUCUAUGUCCGUUGCAUCUGGAGGAAAGAACUUCCCAUCCUCGGCAUCAGGCAUUGCACAGUCGGUCACCUCUGACUCCAGCCCUGUUAUGAAUUUGGCUCCGCCCGUCAACCAGCGUCAGCAUCAUCGGUUUUCCAACCCGACCCCAUCGUCUUUCCGCAGCAAAGAUAUCCAGAUAUACUGUGCAAAUUGCAAGCGUGCUUGGGCCCUUAACGACUGCUACGCCUGUACAGAAUGCAUCUGUGGCGUCUGCCGCGAAUGUGUCAACAUGUUCAUCGCCAGUCCACCUACAUCUUUCCGCAGCCCCGGAAACGGUCCCUUGAAUAAUGUGACUUCGCAUCCGACAAGUUACCCCGGACCUCGGGGCUGUCCUCGCUGCCGGACAGUUGGGGGCAAAUGGAAGGCUUUCCAAUUGGAUUUCAAAUGA